CGGCAUCCAAGCGCAACGUCUAGCAGUCUUUUGCCUCGAGCCUUACUUGCUGAUUGGAAAAGCUUCUUAGCCCUCGAACUGCUUUAAGCAUUCCCAAGGAAACAUGUCAACGCAGCAGCCACCGGAGCAGCCAGUUCCAUCACGCAUCUGGCCUCAACUGCUACCAGAGCUUGCGGAGCUCAUCAUCAGCUUCCUGCCGCCCAACGAAAUCGCCUGCACCGUACGGCUGGUCAACAAGGCCGCAGCAGCGCAGUUCCGCAGCCCUCGCUUCACAACCAUUUAGCUGUCUUCCCCCGUGCCCCCGCAUGCCUAUAAAGAGCACUGGGAACAUGCGGGCGUCAUGCAGAAGCUGACUCGCAUGCAAAGGGUGCAGCUACUGUCCCUGACUGCCGCCAGCGGCAGCAUUCCUAACCUGGAAACUGCGCUUGCAAGCACGGGAUGCCUCCUCUCGGGGGCUUUACCACCGUUGCGGUGGCCCAUGGGUUGUUGCUUGAUGUUGGAUGCGGCCGCUGCGGGGCAGCUGGAGGUAUGUCAGUGGCUGUGGCAGCAGCACGGCUGCCCUCUGCACGCUGCCGUUGAAGCUGCAGCUGCUUCAGGGCAGCGGGCCAUCUGCGAGUGGGGCCUGGCUGCCGGUUGCCCCUGGGCAUCAAUUUUUGCGUACAAGGCUGCUGAACAGGUCCACGUGGGCCUGAUGGAGUGGCUGCUGCACAAGGGGACACUGAUGCCAACUGGGGAAAUAGCCUUCUCUCUGCUUGAAGCGGUGGCAGCGGGCUGCGAUUUGUUAUGCCUGCAGCGGUUUUAUCAGGAAUGGGUAGGUGCACACCCAGAUCAGCUCGAGGAGCUGGACCUGCACGAGUGGUGCAAAUGGAGCAUUCUGGCAGCCGCAGCCGGCAGCCCCACACCCGACUGGCAGGCCAAGGUGGAGUGGCUGGAGGCACGGGGCUUCGAGCAGUUUGAAGACGCCUGCAAGAAAGCUGCCGGCUGCCCAGACGCACUGGACCGCCUGAGGUGGCUGCGGGGCCGGGGCUACCCGCUGCAGCUGGGUUCGGCUAUACCAGCAGCAGAAAGGGGCAACCUGGAGGUUCUUCGGUACCUGCUGGAGGAGGGGUUGACGCCAGGUAUUUGGUGUUCCCACAGGGCGGCUGCCAAAGUACAGUUGGCCGCUCUGCAGCUGCUGCACGAUCAUGGCUGCCCCUUGAGCAUGGACGUGGUCGGAGCUGCGGCCGCGGAGGGACACCUGCAUGUGGUGGUCUGGCUGGUGGAGGAGGUGCUGGGGCCAGCAGGGGUGCAGCUGGAGAAUGGGGUUUUCAGCUCGGCGGCAAAGUCGUGCAAGAUAGCCCUGCUGUCCUGGCUGCGGGGUCAGGGAUGCCCCUGGGAUGCCAGCGUGUACGCUGGAGCUACUGAGGCUGGAUGCGCGGAGGCGUUGGAAUGGCUCACGGAGCAGGGCUGCCCCAUGCAGGAGGACGGAACCCCCUACGUGAAGGCUGCCCGCAACGGAGACCUGGCCACGCUGCGUUGCCUUCGGCGGCUGGGCUGCCCCUGGGGACCGCCGGGGCUGGUGUUUGCGCGCUGCAUCAGGGAUGUCUGUGAGCUGCCAGUGCUGGGGUUCCUGCUGGAGAGCGGCUGCCCUGCAGACUGGGAUGUGGUGGCAGCGGCGGUAGAGGAAAUAGUGCAGCAGAUGUACCAGACAGGAACUCAGAAAGCUGAGGAGCGGGCGAGGGUCUUACUCCAAUGGCUGCAAGAGAACAGUGAAGGGCGGGUGCCAGCCACACACAGCACCUGAGCGCGUGGAUGCAUGCUUCAACAGGGGGAGGGGGGGCGACAUCAUGGGCUCCCUGCGUGUGCUUGCGUGUGCCUGGCUGUAGCGUGCAGAACGCGGGAUAAGGUGGUGUGAGUUGCGGUGGGUAAGGCUGGUU